AUGGGGAAAAAGGGGGCCCUGAAGGAGUCAGGGGCCGGGUUCUCAACGUCGCCUAGAAGGCAGCAGCACCACUGUGAGCGCUGGGGUCUGUUUAUGACGCUGACGUUACUGGGCCCGAUGGCAGCUCAUCAAAGGGCUUUCUCAGUCAGCCGAGUGCCGGAGAAGCUGGAUGUGGUGGUGAUAGGCAGUGGCUUUGGGGGCCUGGCUGCAGCUGCAAUUCUGGCCAAAGCUGGCAAGCGAGUUCUGGUGCUGGAACAGCAUACCAAGGCUGGGGGCUGUUGUCAUACCUUUCGACAGGAUGGCCUUGAAUUUGACACAGGAAUCCAUUAUAUUGGGGAUAUGGAGGAGGGCAGCACUGGCCGUUUUAUGUUGGACCAGAUCACCGAGGGGCAGCUGGACUGGGCUGCCAUGUCCUCUCCCUUUGACAUUAUGGUACUAGAAGGAUCCAAUGGCCGGAAGGAUUUCCCCAGGUACAGUGGGGAGAAAGCCUAUGUACAGGGCCUCAAGGAGAAGUUUCCUCAAGAAGAGGCUGCCAUUGACAAGUACAUAAAGCUGGUUAAGGCGGUGUCCAGUGGAGUCACUCUUGCUGUCUUGCUGAAGCUCCUCCCUUUGCCUGUAGUUCAGCUUCUCAACAAGUGUGGGCUGCUGACUCGUUUCUCUCCGUUCCUUCGUGCAUCCACCCAGAGCUUGUCUGAGGUCUUGAAGCAGCUGCCGGCCUCCCCUGAGCUCCAGGCAGUGCUCAGCUACAUCUUCCCUACUUACGGUGUGACACCCAGCCACAGCGCCUUUUCCAUGCAUGCUCUGCUGGUUGACCACUACUUGAAAGGAGGCUUCUAUCCCCGUGGUGGCUCCAGUGAAAUUGCCUUCCACACCAUCCCUGUGAUUCAGCGGGCAGGGGGCGCUGUCCUUACAAGGGCCACUGUGCAGAGCGUGUUGCUGGAUUCAGCUGGAAAGGCCUGUGGUGUCAGUGUGAAGAAGGGCCAAGAACUGGUGAACAUCUACUGCCCCAUCGUAAUCUCCAGCGCAGGGCUGUUCAAUACCUACGAGCACUUAUUGCCAGAGCAUGCCCGCUGUCUGCCAGAUGUGAAGAAACAGCUGGCGAUGGUGCGGCACAGCUUGGGCAUGUUCUGUGUUUUUAUCUGCCUACGAGGCAGCAAGAAGGACCUGGGUCUGAAGUCUACCAACUACUAUGUUUAUUUUGACAUAGACAUGGACAAGGCGAUGGAGCGCUACCUCUCUGUGCCCAGGGAAAAGGCUGCAGCACACAUCCCCAUUUUCUUCAUUUCUUUCCCGUCAGCCAAGGAUCCGACGUGGGAGGACCGAUACCCAGACCGGUCCACGGUGAACGUGCUGAUACCCACUGCCUAUGAGUGGUUUGAGGAGUGGCAGGAAGAGCCACAGGGAAAGCGGAGCAGCGACUAUGAGACUCUCAAAAACGCCUUUGUUGAAGCUGCUAUGUCAGUUGUCCUGAAGCUGUUCCCCCAGCUGGAGGGGCAGGUGGACAGUGUGACUGGAGGAUCCCCGCUGACCAGUCAGUUCUAUCUGGCUGCCCCACGAGGUGCCUGCUAUGGGGCUGACCAUGACCUUGGCCGCCUGCAUCCUCAUGUGAUAGCCUCCAUGAGGGCUCAAAGCCCCAUCCCCAACCUCUACCUGACAGGCCAGGACAUCUUCACGUGUGGGUUGACAGGGGCCCUGCAAGGGGCCAUGCUGUGCAGUGGUGCCAUCCUGAAGCGGAACUUGUUCUCGGACCUUAAGAAGCUUCACUCAAGGAUCCAGGCACAGAAGAAGAAGAAUUAG